UACAAAGGAGAAAGAUAAAGACGAGGAAGGCACUGGCUGCUUAUGCAGAAAAUGUACUAUCAAAGCUCCCAUUAUUCGAGAAACUCUUGAACUGUAACUUUCACACAUGUAAAAAGGCAGAUGAGAUUAAGCAAAAAAGUCCAGUGUUCUCUGACUGAUACCUUUGCAUGCAUGGGUCAAUCCAAAAAAUGGGAGCAACAGUCCUGAUGCUUCCCUUGUUUUACCGCUAAUAGUUGGAAGUGGGCUUCAUAAAUUUGAACAGAUGUGGUAAACAGAUAAAAUUAUUAGUUUGCGCCAAAGGGUUUGAAGUCCUAUAUUUUGGAGGAAAAAUGGAGAGUAGCAGCAUGAACAAUACUGUUGGGAAAGAUGAUGAUCUCUUAGUUGACACUGCAGAAGCUGAGGCUCUCAAGAAGAGAAUCUCUAGCCAUCCUUUGUAUGGACUUUUGGUCCAAACUCACAUCGACUGUUUGAAGGUUGGUACCGGUGGUGAUGUUGACCGAAUCCUUAGGGUGAGGCCGACUUUAUCCUGUCAAUUUCCCAAUCCAAGCUCCCUCAGUCAGCCAGAACUAGACAGUUUCAUGGAAGCAUACUGCUUUGCACUGAGCAAGUUGAAAGAAGCAAUGGAGGAACCCCAGCAAGAAACAGUAGCUUUCAUCAACAGCAUGCACUUACAGCUUAAAGAGCUCUCAAGAACCCAUUCCAAGAGUACUGCUGAACAUUCCACUCCCACUACAUCUUCCGGAGAAAGAAUUGGCUAGAGCAAAAUGGACCAAAGAAUGAACGGAGAGCAGGAUUAUUUCUUUCUGGUGAAAUUAGAAAUGACUAGCUAGUCAUGGUGUGCCCAUUGAGUUUUAAAUAAGUGCUUAUUGUAAGCCGUUCUCUUCGUGACUUGCAUGUUAGAACAACAUAUUAGUUAUUAUAAGUGUAAAACAUGUCAAAUAUCCUAAACCAGUGGAAAUCAUGUGCCAUUAUGUGUUUCUGCAUAUGCUAUUUUCAUUCUGUCUUUAAUUCCUUC